AUUAAUAGAUAACUCGUCAUGCCGCAUCCUCCUUGAACUCAGUCACUUCUGGAUAAGCUUCCUUUAGUAGAUUAAUUUCCUUAACCGAAUAUAGUAAGAAUCUGACAACUGGCGACUUGAUAACUCUCAUCGGCUGAUCCCAGGACUCUGAAGCUAACACUGACUCUAGGCCGAUGGUGACUUCUGUCUUACCAAAUUUUGGUGUUAACACAUACAACUUAAAAUUCAACUUUUAUAAGUUGUAACAAAAAUAACAAAUUUAACUAUGAAUGUUAUAACUAUGAAUAUACGUAUACUAAUCAGAGUUUGAUUUGUUAUUUUUGUUACAACUUGUAGAAGUCGAAUUUGAACUUGCAUGUUUGUGGGGUGAUAUAUUACAUAUGAAUCUAUCUUGCCAAAUUUUUUGAAUUUUUUUCAUACCUAUUUAGUUGACAUGCAACAAAUGGGUGGAUGUCUCUUGGUGAUUAAAAGUGUUUCCCUGUGCACGUGGGCGUUUGAGUGAGGAGGGGGAAAUUGGGGGGCGGCCGGCGGCCGGGUGCCCGCAAGUGUCGGCGCGCAAGUCUCGCCACAGCCACAGCGAGAACCCGCAUUCGUCGCUCCGACGACAUGGGUCAGCAUGCACAUGCUCCUCCUCCUCCUCCUCCUCUUCCAAUGCUAUCGCCAUCGCCAUCUCCGUGCUGCCUACAGCUAGCUUAUCGAUCGGCAUGGGCAUGGCGGCCGUCCUGCUCCUCUCCUUUCUCCUCUUGGCCGCCCCCGCCGCGGCCAUCAAUAUCCUCCGGCGCUCCCUCGCCGCGCAGACCAAAGGAGACCUCGCCUCCAUCACCGCUGGGAACCCCCUCGUCGCCAAUGCCAUGAACGACCGCCUCAAGAACCUCACCGACGCAUUUGCUCAGCAGAUGGGCAAGGAGUUCCACUACUGCAUCAAGGACACGGACGACGAGUGGAAUAUCGCCUUCAAUUUCUCCACUGAUCCCACCUUCCUCUCCAACUGCAUGCAGGCCACCGAUGGAGACGUACCGCAGCGUGUGUGCACCGCCGCUGAGAUGAAGUUCUACUUUGAAAGCUUCCUCGACAGCAAUGGAAGAAAGAACUACGUGAGGCCCAACAAGAACUGCAACCUCACAUCAUGGAUGGAUGGCUGUGAGGCUGGCUGGGCAUGCAGUGCAGGCCCGGACCAGAAUAUCAACUUGCAGGAUGCCGUCAACUUCCCUUCCAGAACACUUGAUUGCCGAGGCUGCUGUGCUGGAUUCUUCUGCCCUCACGGCCUCACUUGCAUGAUACCUUGCCCUUUGGGAGCAUACUGUCCAGAAUCUACCUUAAACAAAACCACCGGGAUCUGUGACCCAUACAACUAUCAGCCACCUCCUGGGAAGCCGAAUCAUACUUGUGGUGGUGCUGAUAGAUGGGCAGAUGUUGUUAGCACCGAUGAUGUUUUCUGCCCAGCCGGCUUCUACUGUCCAAGCACUAUAAAGAAACUCUCUUGUAGUAGUGGUUUCUAUUGCAGGAAGGGAUCAACUUCCCAAACCAAAUGCUUCCACAAGGGCAGCUGUAAACCAAACUCUGUAAAUCAGGACAUUACAAUAUUUGGUGCAUUGCUUGUGGGUGCCUUGAGUUUAGUACUGUUGAUCAUUUACAACUUCUCAGGGCAACUUCUGACCAACCGAGAGAAAAAGCAAGCAAAAUCUAGGGAGGCUGCAGCAAGACACGCAAAAGAGACUGCCAUGGCUCGUGAAAGGUGGAAAUCAGCUAAAGAUGUUGCCAAGAAGCACGCCGUUGGGCUGCAGUCAUCGCUGUCCCGCACAUUCUCGCGCAAGAAAACUCUUAGGACACACGAGCCAUCCAAAGGAGCGGUUGAAACUGAUGUGGAGCCAUCGAAAGGAUCAGGAGAAAAGAAGAGUAAUCUUACUGACAUGAUGCGCUCGCUUGAAGAGAACCCGGAAAAAGGAGAAGGCUUCAAUGUGGAAAUAGGAGAAAAAAAGAAAACUAAAGGGAGGCAUGCACACACUCAGAGCCAAAUUUUCAAGUAUGCAUAUGGACAGAUUGAGAAGGAAAAGGCAAUGGAACAGCAGAAUAAAAAUCUGACCUUUUCAGGUGUGAUAUCUAUGGCCACCGAUGAAGAUAUCAGGACAAGACCUAGAAUUGAGAUUGCUUUCAAAGACCUUACUCUAACCUUAAAGGGGAGUAAGAAAAAACUGUUAAGGUCUGUGACCGGAAAGCUUAUGCCUGGUCGGGUAGCUGCUGUGAUGGGCCCAUCAGGUGCAGGGAAGACCACAUUCUUGAGUGCAAUUGCAGGUAAGGCAACUGGAUGCGAGACAACAGGUAUGGUACUUAUCAAUGGGAAAAUGGAACCCAUCCGUGCGUACAAGAAAAUCAUUGGCUUUGUCCCACAAGAUGACAUUGUCCAUGGGAACUUGACUGUUCAGGAGAAUCUUUGGUUUAAUGCACGAUGCAGGCUUUCUGCUGACAUGUCAAAAGCUGACAAGGUUCUUGUUGUGGAAAGAGUUAUCGAGGCUUUGGGACUGCAAGCAGUUCGUGAUUCUUUGGUUGGAACUGUCGAACAGCGUGGCAUCUCUGGUGGCCAGCGUAAACGAGUAAAUGUUGGGCUAGAAAUGGUCAUGGAACCCUCUGUGUUGAUUUUAGAUGAGCCAACGUCUGGUUUGGACAGCUCUUCGUCUCUGCUUUUACUUCGUGCACUACGGCGGGAAGCUCUUGAAGGUGUGAACAUCUCUAUGGUGGUUCAUCAACCCAGCUAUACAUUGUAUAAGAUGUUUGAUGAUUUGAUACUUCUCGCGAAAGGUGGCUUGACGGUUUACCAUGGACCUGUGAAGAAAGUGGAGGAAUACUUUUCAGGAUUGGGGAUUGUUGUCCCAGAUCGUGUGAACCCGCCAGACUACUACAUAGACAUCUUGGAGGGAAUUGUGAAGCCAAACGCAAAUGUUGCAGUUAAUGCCAAAGAUCUCCCUCUGCGAUGGAUGCUGCACAAUGGGUAUGAAGUUCCACGGGAUAUGCUGCAGAGUGGUUCUGAUGCAGAAUCGUCGUUUAGGGGAGGAGGGGAUCUUACCCCUGGCGGUGACACUGGGCAGUCUAUUGCUGGUGAAGUGUGGGGCAAUGUCAAGGACAUAGUUGGGCAGAAGAAGGAUGAGUAUGAUUACAACAAAUCUUCUCAAAACUUAUCUAAUCGAUGCACUCCUGGCAUUCUCAGGCAGUACAAGUACUACCUGGGGAGGUGUGGCAAGCAAAGGCUCCGUGAAGCUAGAAUACAAGGCGUUGACUAUCUGAUCCUGGGCCUUGCUGGUAUAUGUCUAGGGACAUUAGCUAAAGUGAGCGACGAGACGUUUGGAGCACUCGGUUACACAUACACUGUCAUUGCCGUCUCUCUGCUGUGCAAGAUUGGAGCGCUGAGAUCAUUCUCUCUGGAGAAGAUACACUACUGGAGGGAGAGAGCAUCUGGAAUGAGCUCGUUGGCGUACUUCAUGUCGAAAGACACAAUAGAUCACUUCAACACGAUCAUCAAGCCGAUCGUUUACCUGUCCAUGUUCUACUUCUUCAACAACCCAAGGUCGUCGAUAUGGGAGAACUACGUAGUUCUUGUGGCGCUGGUGUACUGCGUGACAGGGAUCGGCUACACAUUUGCGAUAUUCUUCCAGCCAGGAUCGGCACAGCUGUGGUCAGCGCUGCUUCCGGUAGUGCUGACUCUGAUAGCAACGCAGCAGAAGGACACCUUCUUCGCGAACCUGUGCUACACCAAGUGGGCGCUGGAAGGGUUCGUGAUCGCGAAUGCGCAGAGGUACUCGGGCGUGUGGCUCAUAACGCGAUGCGGCUCCCUCCUCAAGAGCGGCUACGACAUCAACGACAGGUUCCUCUGCAUUCUCGUCCUCGCCGCCAACGGUGUCCUCUUCCGCUGCGUCGCCUUCUUCUGCAUGGUCAUCUUCCAGAAGCACUGAUGCCUGCCUGCCUGCCUGUCUCCUCUACUGUACAUCUAUCUCCAUCUAUUAUACUCUCUCUAGUACUACUGUACUUUCUACUCUCUAGCUAGCUAGCAGCAGCAUCUGUGAGCAUGUACUGUACUUGUGUAUCCUACUAAUGAAUCCUAGCUAAGCUAGUAGAUCGAUCCUAUCCUAUGUAAGAUCUUACGAGUUGACAAAAAAAAAGGAAAGGAAUGGCCCAUUUAAGUA